AUGAUUCACUUGAGCUUCAAAGCACUGAGUAGUUGGGCCCAGCCAGUUCGGCUGUGCCCAGAAUGGCGAGGCAAGCUUUGCUUGAGCCUGCUACUGCGAUUGACAGACACGGUGCUCACACCGUUGGAGUUUGAUGCCUUGCAGCAGCAGCAGCAGCAGCAGCAGCAGCAGCAGCAGCAGCAGCAGCAGCAGCAGCAGCAGCAGCAGCAGCAGCAGCAGCAGCAGCAGCAGCAGCAGCAGCAGCAGCAGCAGCAGCAGCAGCAGCAGCAGCAGCAGCAGCAGCGCAACCCUCCAGCCCUUGAGCUUUCGAGCAUGGCAUGUGCUGGGGGCUCAAUUCAAUGA